CUCUUUUUAUUUUGCACACACAAUGGUUGAGCUUCGCAAGCGCCCGAACGAGGACGACGUUGCUGCUGCCCAGCCCUCCAAGCGCGUUGCUGUCGACAAGGGAAACAAGCCGACCAAGGCAGCCGCGACAGAGAAACACGCAGCCAUCUCACCAGCGCAGACUGCGUUCGCCGCGGCACAGAAGGCUGCCCGGGACGCCAUUGCUGCACUGCCAGCGGGAUCUGUGUUUACGGUGGGCGAGGGCGACGCCGGACAGCUCGGACUCGGCGAGGAGAUUACGUCGCGCAAGAAACCAACGCCGCUGCGAAGCAUUGAGAACGUGCCGAUCGUGCGCAUGGCGGCAGGCGGCGUCCACACUGUCGCAAUCACCGCCAAGGGUCAGGUGUACAGCUGGGGCUGCAAUGACGAAGGCGCACUCGGCCGAUCGGGCGAGGAGGCAGAGCCCGCGCUCGUGAAGGGAUUGAUUGAGAACGAAUUUAUCGUCGCGGUGACCUGCGGCGACUCGCACACAAACGUCCUGUCGGACAAGGGCGUGGUCUAUGGCUGGGGUACGUACCGCGACUCGGCCGGCCGCAUGGGCUUUGACUUUGACACGCUCUUCAAGGAGGGCGGCGCAGACAAGGCCACUGUGCAGUUUGAGCCCAAGGUGGUUCUCGACUACACUGCCAAGCACGAUCGCGUGGUGCGCAUCAGCGCGUCAAACAACCACACCAUCGCGUUGACAGAGAAGGGCAACAUUGUGACCUGGGGCUGCGGCGAGCACGGACAGCUCGGCCGCGUCGGCUCGCGCAUGAGCGAUCGCAGCAAGCACCUCCACAUGCUUGGCCCGGCCCCGGUGCUAAUAAGGCGAAAGAAGGCCGCGCCGAAGGACGUCUUCACGGGUGGCUUCCAGUCGUUCGUCCUCUUUGACGACGACACGGUCGUUGCGUUCGGCCUCAACAACUACUACCAGUGCGGCAUUCCGGAUGUCGCAGACCCCAUCUACGCGCCGACAGAAGUCCCCGCACUCAGCGGCCGUCAGGUCGUGUCCAUCAAGGGCGGCGAGCACCACACCUUGGCUCUGCUCGCCGACGGCAGCGUGCUCAGCUUUGGCCGCGGCGACUAUGGCCGUCUCGGCCACGGCAACAACAACGAGCUCUCCCAGCCCGUCAAGAUCGACUCGCUGGGUCCCAGCGAUCAAGUUCACAUUGACAAGAUUGCCACUGGCGGCAUUGUCUCGUACGCACUCUCGAACCACGGUGAGGUGUACGCCUGGGGCAUGGGCAGCAACUACCAACUCGCCCUUGGCCCGGACGACGACAUGGACACCCCUACACUGGUACCCGCACCCCGCUUUGGCGACAACUCUGUGCUCGAUGUGGUUUCUGGCGGCCAACACACUGUCUUCCUGGUCAACUACAAGAACAAGAUUGUUGCUGCUGGAGCCUCUGCUGCUCCCUCCGUCAGUGCCACUCCCAUGCAAGCAUAGUGAAUAAUGGCCGAUGGAGGGGGGCUUUUGUUUUGCUUGUUUUUGUGUUGAUUGGUGGCCGUGUGUUGAUUGUUGGCGGAGUGGUCUGCCUCCGACUUGGUUGAUUGGUGUCUCUCUUCUCUUCUCUCCCUCUACUUUUAAUACACUCCUAUUUCUUGAAGAA